CGCCGAUAUCUGCGACAGCCGGUGAGCUUCAGGAGGACAACAUCAGCGAUCACUUUGAAACAGGAUGGCGAUGAUCACUCAGAAGCACCGCGCCUUCGUCAGCGAGCCCAUGUUAGAGAAACCGGUGACGGCGGUGCCAGGAAUCAGACCCACUCUGGGGAGGGAGCUGCAGAAGGAGGGCAUCACCAAGGCGUCCGGCCUCCUCAGUCAGUACCUGGCGAUGGGCAGAAACCCGGACUGGGACUGGAGCGAACAGUCAGCAGGCCAACGCCUGCACCCAGGCCCUGCAGGAGUGGACAGACAACACCCUGAGGCCAUUGUGUGUCUGACCUUCAUGAUGAUAGCAGGGGGAAGGGGGGGCAGACUGAGGCUCUGAAACAGGAUGGAGUUGCCCAGCUACCCAGACUCACAGAGGAGAGCACAGUCAAAAAUAAAGUUUUAGUUGUUUUUUUUUUCAAACUUUAUUAGCAAUUCAAACAUUACAGAAAUAAAUGAGCAAAAGAGAAUGUCAGUUAGACACAGGCUGCGGGUUAAAUCACAAGAUAUUAAACAACGAGCAUAAGUUUAGAGUUUUAAUUGCUUCAGUUUUAAAAUAUUGUCUGGUUUCAUUUAUAAAGCAUUGAACAGAAGGUUUUGCAUUAGAAACAUUGGAUUCAUGUAUAUGAAAUUUAGCCAGUAAGAUUAGUAAACCUAUCAAAUAAAAUUUGUUUGUUCUAUUUGCAGGGUCAAAAAGGCCAAACGUUAUUUUUCCAAGUCAGAAUAGAUAAAAGAAACAACUAAAGUACAAAAAUCUUGCCAGAAAAGAUAAAGUGCAUAAGCAGAACCAACAUAAGUAUGAAACAUCUUCUUUCUCACAGU